UUUUUUUUUUUGAGAAAUGGCAUUGGAGCAGCUCAAGUCGAGCGCAAUGGGCAAAUUGGCGCUCGCAGUUCAGCUGCCAAUGCUGAACAAGGCGACUGCCAACGACGAGGUCCCGACGCCGGGCUACAUGUUUGCCGAGAUUGCCAAGAUCUCGUUCGAGUCGGUGCAGCUGUGCGGCGAGCUCGAAGACUACCUGAUGCGCAAGCUGGACAAACCGCACUGCUUUGUCAAGCUCAAGGCGCUCCGCAUCCUGGCCUACCUGAUCGACAAGGGCAACCCGACCAUCAAACGCGACCUCAUGCAGCGAACAAAUGCCUUGCGCGCGGCUGCCCAGUUCCGCGGCCCGCCGGAUUUCAUGCUUGGCGACUCUCAAUACGCUGCCGUUCGAGCUGCAGCUGCGGAACUGCUCGAGGUGCUGUUCGCCUCGGUUGAUGAGGCCAUGACGGGCGGAGUUCCGAAGACGGUCGCUGACCAGGCUGGACCGCGUCCGCAGCGAAGCAGUGGGGCGGCCAGCGGUGGAUCGUCCUACAUUGGCAUGGGAAGCAACAGCGCGCCAGUGCGUCAGUCAUCCAAUCCUAACGGGAGUGCAGUGUAUUCGUCCAGUGGCGUUGGGUAUGCAGUGCAGCACCCCACAAGCAAGUACAUGGGCAUCUCUUCGCAGCCCGUCAACACGCAGCAGAAGGAAACCAGCUUUCUCGACAAGGUUAUGGACACGAUCAACAACUUGGCUGACAGCUUGCCAGACCCGCAGCCGCCAAACCGCGCGAGCGGCGGCUACAACACCGGGCCCAGCCACUUUGGUGCGGGCACUACAGGUCGCGUCUACGCUCCGCCAGCUUCCGAGCAGUUGUACUCUCGAAACGAUGUGCAGACGUAUGGUGUUUCUACUCCUGUGGUUGAAUCAAACAUCACGCCGCUGUCUGGAUCGCCGAGCUUGUCUGUGCACGAGGCUCGCCUCGUCGAGGAAAUCACUGCAGCUGGUGGAGUGCGAGUGGCACCCCCUCGCGAAGCGCUCGCGCAGUUCAUCAAGCGUUGCUCCUCGCUCGAUUGCCAUCGUGUAGCCCAGCUGUUGGGCGAAAAGCUGGAUUCCCCGAGCUGGCAAGUGCGACUUAAAGCGCUGUUCGUCGUCGAAGCACUCUUGCAAUCGGACAUUAUUGCCAUCACCGAGUGCAUCGCACCGCUCGCACCAGUGCUCGAGCAGCAGCAGGAUCAUGCUCAACAACAGGUCCGUGACAAGGCUGCAAAAGUGCUGCUCAUGCUGGGUGGAGAGACGCCUGUGCCGACGGCCUCGGGCUCGUCUUUCGCUGCCACAAUGGGCGCUCCUGCUCCAAGCGGCAAUAGCUUACUUGAUCUCGGUGAGUUGUCGCUCGGAGCAGCUCCUGCCGGAGCAACUGUGCCGGCUUCUGGCGGCGGCGGUUCUGCGUUCUCGUUCAUGGCGGACGCUGCACCCGAAGUCGCCCCAGUUGCGACGAGCGUUUCUUCCACCACCCAACCGAGUGGCUCGGCCAAUCCGGCCGUGUCCAACACGGCCUCAUCGAGCUCGCUCUUUUCUGGCAUGAAAUUGGGUAGCAAGCCUCCGACUGCAUCUGCCGUUGCCGCUCCCGCCACAUCGUCUUCUUCGUCAGCAAUCGAUUUGUUUGGCGACGCAUCCUCCCCCAGCCAGGCAACCUCCUUGCUCGAUACUCUCGAUCCGAUGGCCAAAGGCUACCACGCCUCCACUGGCGCCAUGAACGCCACUUCUUUGUCCGGGCUGCCGUCUGCUCCUCCGGCGCCGUCCGUCCCGCAGCAGCGAGCAUCCUUGCCGGUCUCGCAAUUCACACAGCAGCCGGCUGUCGUUGCAUCGUCCGUCGAUGAUCUGGGCUUUGCACCGUCGCAGCGCCCACAGCUGCCUGCCAACUUGUUUGAUGCCAACGCGCAUGCCCGCGCGAGCUCGGACAACUUUGAUCCGUUUGCUGGCAUGGGCAACACCUCGAGUACUUCCUCGGGUCCGGGCAUGACGCUCGCCGAUCUGGCCGCUGCCCCGAGUGCGCUUGUUCCGAUGGCGAAUAGUGGCAUCUCCGGAAUGGGUCGCCAACCCAUGAUGACGACCCUGUCGUCCAUGCCCUCUCCCAACUAUGGCGGAGGCAACUUGCACUCCCACCCAUCCUAUGUGGUCCAGGCACACGGUCAAGUCGUGUACGCACCUGCUGGCGCUGCAGCUCCACCUACCAACCGGCCCGUCGGUCCGCGCUCCAGCGCCACCGGUGGCUUUAGCUUUAUUGACAAGCCCAAUGCUGAUUCGUUCAACUUUGUGCAAGACACUGUGCAGCAACUGCAGCCUGAUCAGUCCAAGCGAUGCUAGAUUGGGGGCGGAUGGCCGACAUCUGCUCGUGUAUUUCUUGAAUACGCAGGAUAUUCUUUAUAUUGUUUUGUUUUUGUUCUUCUGGGAGUUGUAUGGGUCCUUUGGGCAGCUGCAUUGUGUCUGAAUGUUCGGGACUUACGCAUCUCGAAUAAAGCCUCCUGUCCUGAA